UUUACAGGUCUCUGCUGUGGCAAUGAAAUUAAUCAAUAUUAUGUUAUUUGCUAUUCUGAGUGACCAGCAGAGGAUGUUCCCACGAUUGGCCCCUGGACCGGACUUUGGACACGCCUGAGACAGACAGAGAAGAAACAGAACUUGUCUGGCAUAUGCAGGAACUCAUGAGUAUCCAGUCAAAAUGAAAGUAGAAGUGGUGUGAAAGUGAAGUAUAUUGUUAAAUUAAAGCACCCGACAGAUCAGACGGACACAGAGACGAAGGAGUGAAGUGACAGAGACAGUUCUGCUGCCGGUCGAAGAUUUUUAUUCAUCAGGACCAAAUUGAGAAUGAACAUCCGCCACGCUGUGUUCUUCUGCGCCCUAUCAGCACUGUGUUCUGGAAACACUGGACUCGUCAGUGCAAAACGCAACAUUUACACUGGACCCGAAGGAGGAACUGGUAUUAUUAAUUGCCACAUAUCUUUGGUCGGCAACGUGAAGUUCUUCUGUAAGGACGAAUGUAAAGCAGAAGAUAUUCUCAUAAAAACAGAAGACGUCAGAGCUCAGAGUGGCAGAUACAGCUCUGAAUACAAAAACGAUUCAAACGACGGAGUGGGAAUUCUGGCUGUGACCAUCAGAAAUCUGACCAAGUCUGACGCAGGACGGUACAGGUGCGGUUUGGGCAAAACUUUGGUUCCAGUGUUGUACUGGGACUUUGAGGUCAGAGUUUCAGACGAUGCACUGCUGAGUGGAAACUCUGGUUUUAUCCACUCAGACAUUGAAGGAGAAGACAUCACAUAUCCGUGCAGCUAUACUGUCUACGGCAGCCAUAAGUUCUUCUGUAAAGACGAAUGCAAAAAACAAGAAGACAUUCUCGUUGAAACAGACGGGAACAGAGCUCAAAGUGGCAGAUACACCAUCGAAUACAAGCAAGGAUCCUUAUUUGGGCUGUAUCUGACCAUCAGACAGGCGACCAAGUCGGACACGGGGCGGUACAGGUGCGGUUACGGCAGAGCUUUGUCUCCAGAUUCAUUCCGCAAGUUCACCAUUAUUGUCAUAGAUGAUUCCAAUCCAAACCGGCCUGUUCAACCUUUUUCAACAGCGGACCCAUCAGCCUCCGUACCAACAACACAGUCAUCAGUUUCCCUGGAAGCCAGCGACCAGCUUACAGCCUCCUCUGAAGUGUCAGGUCACUUCUGGCCUCUGGCUGUUUGUGUGUCCCUGGUGGUUGUUUUUCUGCUGGCUGUUAUUCUGCUGCUUCUUUACAUUUGGAAGACGAGGAGGAACUUCAACUCAAACAGAGGAGAUAUGUUUCCUGUCAUCUAUAAGGAGCUGAGUCCAGCCUCCACAUGUGAAGACUCCACCUACAACAGCGGCAGAAAUUAGGAGCAAACCUGCUCCGCCCACACACACUGAACACGUUAGGCUUAGAUUUGAAUUUGCUGCUGGGUAUUGCAAUAUUUAGACCAGAUAAAACCUAAUGUUUUAUAUAAACAAUGUUUGAAUAAUUGAAAAAUGCAGCACCAGUGUGGGUGCGGCAGGAUGGGGAGGAGGUUAUGUAAGAGUUUUGAUUGAUGAUAAAAAUUAUCUCUCUAAUCAUAAUGUGAUGUGUGUGUUUAUACCUAAUCUGUACAACCAAAGGCUAUUUUAUAGUCCCUUCAUAAAAGAAAUUAAACAUCUUUCACCUUCA